AUGGGAAGCAAGGACAUCAAAGUUGAAGACACUGACAAAAAGUUUCCACAUUGGUACCAAAUGAGACCACAAAUAGGCUUGAGAAACACCCUCAUUUGGUUCUUCCUCAUCGUCUCCAUGCUCUACGUUAUCUACUCCACUAAUUUCAUCCUCACCAGUGAACAACAUAAAUGUCCCACCUCUUUAGGUUCCUCCAUAGGACAACAUCUUCAAACGAUCACCAACGCAUCUUCCACCAAUGAAAAAGACUUAAAAGAUGAAGUCGUGCAACCUCUACUUCCACAAAAAUCCCAAAGAUAUGACACUGAACUCAAACACAUUGUUUUUGGGAUAGCAGCCUCAUCAAAUUUAUGGGAAAAGAGAAAGGAAUACAUAAAAGUAUGGUGGAAGCCUAAGGUAACUAGAGGGGUGGUUUGGUUAGAUAAAAAAGUGACUACUAGAAUAAAUGAAGGGCUACCGGAGAUUCAGAUCUCUGGGGAUACUUCAAAAUAUAAGUACACAAACCGGCAGGGACAGAGAUCAGCAUUGAGAAUUUCAAGAGUGGUUUCUGAGACAUUGAGGCUUGGGUUUAAAGAUGUUAGAUGGUUUGUGAUGGGUGAUGAUGACACGGUUUUUAUGGUGGAUAAUGUUGUGAGGAUACUUUCCAAGUAUGAUCAUAGGCAGUUCUAUUAUGUUGGGAGCUCAUCAGAGAGUCAUCUUCAGAAUAUAUAUUUCUCAUAUGCCAUGGCCUAUGGUGGGGGUGGAUUUGCUAUAAGCUAUCCUCUGGCCAAGGAGUUGGCAAAGAUGCAGGAUCAUUGCAUUCAGCAGUACCCAGCUUUAUAUGGCAGUGAUGACAGAAUUCAGGCUUGCAUGUCGGAGCUAGGAGUACCACUUACCAGGGAACCUGGCUUUCAUCAGUAUGAUGUCUAUGGAAACUUAUUAGGCCUUUUAGGAGCCCAUCCUGUCACUCCAUUGGUGUCAUUACACCACCUUGAUGUGGUGGAACCAAUAUUUCCACGCAUGACCCAACUCAAAGCCCUCCAACAUCUCACACAAUCCAUCCAGCUUGAUUCAGCUAGUAUAAUGCAACAAUCAAUCUGCUAUGACAAAAAGCGAUAUUGGUCCAUCUCCAUCUCAUGGGGUUAUGCGGUUCAAAUCUUAAGGGGAGUGAUUUCUCCCAGAGAACUAGAGAUGCCUACAAGAACCUUUCUCAAUUGGUACAGAAAAGCUGAUUAUACAGCAUAUGCAUUCAACACUAGGCCUGUGAGCAGGCAUCCUUGUCAGAAGCCCUUCAUUUAUUACAUGAGCACCUCUCGAUAUGAUCGAUCCAGGAAGCAAAUAAUUGGGAUUUACUAUCGUGAUAAAUCCCGGCCUCCUUACUGUCGGUGGAAAAUGGAGUCACCAGAAAAAAUUGAUUCCAUUGUAGUCAUCAAAAGACCAGAUCCUCUACGCUGGCAGAAGUCACCAAGAAGAGAUUGUUGUAGAGUUAUGCCAUCACAAAAGAGCUCAACAAUGUACUUAUGGGUAGACAAUUGCCGUGAAGGCGAGAUUAGUCAGUUUUAA